UUUGAAAGUUAGAAUGUCUCUUUGAUAGCAUGUUCUCUUUUAGACAGUGUUUUUCCACUGUUCAUUCCUUGAAGAUGGUAACGUCGUCUGUUCGCUAUGACCUGUGUUGAACGGAGGCGUCUUCUUCUGCCAUCACCUGUUUGCAGUCUUUUCUGCAUCUCGGUGGGAUGGUCUCAAGCUGCAGCAGGGGAGGUUCAGAUUGGACACUAGGAAAAAUUUCACCGCAAGGGUUACCGGGCAUUGGCACAGGCUGCCCAGGGAGGUGGUGGAGUUACCAUCCCUGGAAGCAUUUAAAAGAUGAGUAGAUGAAGUGGUUAGGGAUAUGGUUUAGUAGCGGACAGAUACGGUUGGACUUCAUCUCAGAGGUCUUUUCCAACUUAGCAAUUCUGUGAUUCAAAUGCAAGGCCAGGCAGAGCUGGCUCCAAAGCUCCAAAUUAGCAAGAGAUUUGACUGUUGUGAAGUUCAUAAUAACAUUAAAAUUAGUCCUUUGGAAGUAAUGGAAUAUGCAUAAGAUUUCUGGGAAAAAUUAUCCAUAUGCAUGUAAGUGGGAAAUCUGUUUUGUAACCAGCUCUUGGUUUUGCUACACGUGGUUGAUGGAGAUCAUCCCCUCAUGUUGCCUAGGCCUGAUAAAGGACACUUCUGAAACUUCAAAAUGAAUUAUAGAGUUUAUUUGCUGGCAUUUUUUGUAUCGCUAGCAUGGAGCCAUGUCCCACCUAUCCCUCUGGGCAGAGUGUCUGGGUAGCACUGGGGGCUGUUUGCCAGUCCUGGCCAGAGGGCUGGUGGGUGUUAUUCCAUCAAUUUAGAGUUAAAACUCUUGGCAAAACAGAAAUAAGACAAGUAGGAGGACUCCAUCACUCUUAAAUCUCCAUCUUGUAGGGCUUUUCUCCUGAUCCGUACAAAAGUACCUUUCAGCGUCUUCAUUUAGCCAGCCACAAUGUUGUCUGUUGGGGGGAAGUCCAGAAAUAAUCGUUAUUUGUAACCAGCAAAUGAAGAAAACUCCACCUGUUCGAGAUAACUCAAUAGUUGAGAACUCCACUAAUCAAGGGUGGUGAGGCAGUGGAAGAGGUUGCCUUAGAGAAGUCAUGAAUGCCCCAUCCCUGGAGAUGUUCAAGGCCAGGUUAGAUGAGGCGUUGAGCAACUUGAUGUAGUAGAAGAUGUCCCUGCUCGUGGUAGGGGAUUGGAACUGGAUGGCCUGUAAUGUCCCCAGCAACCCAAAACUUUCUGUGAUUCUAUAAAGCUUCUGACUGAGAAUACUGUACUGCUUCUAGAAAAGGUUAUCAAUCUGCUGAAGCUAAUGUCUUUGGUCUUAUUUGAGCUUGUCAUAAACAUGAGCUUUGUUAACCUGUAGUGUAUGUUAACUGUAUCCCUUUAAUUCUAUUGCACCACUCUCUAAUGUGUCCUUACUAAAGUUUUACAUACUGCUGUUUAAGUUAUCACAGUUAUCAUUGUGGCAUCUGCUGCGAAGUUUUACGUGCUCUGUUUCCAAUUUCCCAUCCUGUCACCAGCUGUCUCUUUGGAGCCUUCUGUACUUGCUUAACUUCUUGCAGCAAAUACCUAAUCCAUGUAAAAUCAAUGCCACUUACAUUUUUUUUUAUGCUGUUUAAAUCAGUUUGGGGGGGUGAGCAAUUACAUAAUUGCAUUACAUCAAGUCAGGCUGUGAAUUCUAACUACUAAUAGGCUGAAGUAAGACUGUUUAAUAACUACAUAGCAGUGAGUCCACAGCAAAGGUGAGGUGUGGAAGAGCUGGUGUUUUGACAAGAUCAACUGAAUUUUGAGGAGGCUAGUUGUUUUCAUUUGGAAUGUGGGAAUAUGGUAUUUCUAACUGUUGUCUGCCUGUUUUUUGUAUUUGCCAGAAAUAUUUUGUGUAAUGCAUUGUAGGAUUGCAUUUCUUGGGUUUGAGCUCUAUCAAAAUAGGUACUUGUAGCAGUCAUUACCCUGAAUCUGCAGAUUGGGAAUGGUAGCAGCGUGGCUUGAGGCAGAUUUCACCGUUUUCUUGAUGUGAACAGCCACAAAGUGCAGAGGACGAUUGAAGGACAGAUACACACUAUGCCAUACUGUCUCUUCUGUUGUGUUUGUCUGAUUCUCCAUCCAACACCACCUAUGUGGAAGAACGAAGAGUCAAAGAAGUGGAAAAGGAAGAAGAGUUUGAUUGGGGAAAGUACCUAAUGGAAGGAGAAGAAAUUUACUUUGGCCCAGGCAUAGAUACACCAGAUUGGUCUGGAGAAAGUGAAGAGGAGGAAGACACUCAGCCUUUGAGUAGGGAGGACUCGGGUAUUCAAGUAGACAGGACACCUUUAGAAGACCAGGAUCCAAAUAAGAAAACAGUACCUAAUGUUUCCUGGAAAGGUCGGAUUGGUGAACCUGAUGCUCGCAGCUGGCUGGAGCAGCAUGUAGUUCCUCAGUACUGGACCGGAAGAGCUCCUCGUUUUUCACAUAGUUUGCACUUGCAUUCCAACCUUGCUGCAGUCUGGGACCACCACUUGUACACCAGUGAUCCUUUAUAUGUGCCGGAAGAGAGAACACUAGUCACUGAAACCCAGGUUAUACGGGAAACUCUUUGGCUGCUUUCAGGAGUGAAAAAGCUUUUUAUAUUUCAGCUGAAUGAUGGAAAAGUGGCUGUGCGGAAUGAUAUUACUGUGACUCACUUAACCCAUAAUUGCCUGAGAUCUGUACUGGAACAGAUAGCAGCAUAUGGUCAAGUUGUGUUUAGACUACAGAAGUUUAUUGAUGAAGUGAUGGGACACAGCCCAGAAAGUAUAAUGCAUGGAACAGUUUCCACUCCAAAGAAAACUACUGAAGCCCCUUUCAGAACCUACCAAGCUUUUAUGUGGGCCUUGUAUAAAUAUUUCAUUAGCUUUAAAGAAGAACUUACUGAAAUUGAAAAAUGCAUAAUAAACAAAGAUAAAACAGUCACACUUUCCAUAGUAGUAGAUAAAUUGUCUCCCCGACUGGCACAGCUGAAGGUACUUCACAAAGUUUUCAGCACAGGAGUAGCAGAAGUGCCACCUGACACUAGAAAUGUUGUACGAGCAUCUCAUCUACUUAAUACUCUCUACAAAGCUAUUCUUGAAUAUGACAGCGUUGGAGAAGCCUCUGAACAAACGGUAUCCCUUCUGUUCUCUCUCUGGGUUGAAACUGUGAGGCCGUACUUGCAGACUGUGGAUGAGUGGAUAGUCCAUGGUAACUUGUUUGAUCCUGCAAAGGAAUUUAUCAUUCAGAGAAACAAAAACGUUCCAGUUAAUCAUCGAGAUUUUUGGUAUGCUACCUACACAUUAUACAGUGUAUCAGAAAAGACGGAGAAUGAAGAGAAGAUGAGUGACAAUGCCAGUGCUAGUUCUGGCAGUGAUCAGGCCCCUUCAAGCAGGCAACAUACUAUGGUCUCUUUUCUGAAACCUGUCCUAAAGCAAAUCAUCAUGGCUGGAAAAUCCAUGCAGCUGUUGAAGAAUCUUCAGUGCAAAGAUGGCUCUCCGCAGCAGGCUGCGUCAAGAGAUGCUGAACGAAAGAGUUUAUAUACACUGUUCUUGGAAUCGGUGCAGUCUCGCCUGCGGCAUGGGGAAGAGUCGGUUCCAGAUAUUAUUACAGAACAGCAGGCCACAAAGCAAAGCCUAAUAAAGAUGCAGUCUAUAGCGGAAAGACACUUGGAACUGGAUGAUGUCCAUGACGCACUGCUAGCUAUUAAUUUUGCCAGAUUAUAUUUGGAACAGAGUGAUUAUCACGAGAAGUUCACUGGUGGAGAUGUUUGUGUGGAUAGAUCCUCAGAAUCAGUGACCUGCCAGACUUUUGAACUGACAUUAAGGUCUUGCCUUUAUCCGCACAUAGACAAGCAAUACUUGGAAUGCUGUGGUAAUCUAAUGAAAACUUUAAAGAAGGAUUAUAGGCUUGUGGAAUAUUUGCAGGCAAUGAGAAACUUUUUCUUACUUGAAGCUGGAGAUACCAUGUAUGACUUCUAUACAUCUAUUUUUGACAAAAUUAGAGAGAAGGAAACAUGGCAGAAUGUUGCUUUCUUAAAUGUUCAACUUCAAGAAGCAGUUGGGCAGCGCUAUCCAGAGGACAGUUCAAGGUUGUCUAUAUCAUUUGAAAGUGUUGAUACAGCAAAGAAGAAACUCCCAGUCCACACCUUAGAUGGUUUGACAUUGAGUUACAAGGUUCCUUGGCCUGUGGAUAUAGUUAUAAGCUUAGAGUGCCAAAAAAUUUACAAUCAAGUUUUUCUGCUCUUACUGCAAAUCAAGUGGGCCAAGUAUAGUCUAGAUGUUUUACGAUUUGAUGAACUAGUCUGUGCUGCAGAAAAUCCACAAGUGAAGGAAGGAACUUUAUUAGAACAAGGAAUGCUUCCUCUAUUUGGACCCCAAACGGAAAACAUAAAACAACAAAUACAUCGCAUGUUCCUCUUAAGAGUGAAACUUAUGCAUUUUGUUAACAGCCUGCACAAUUACAUCAUGACUAGGAUUCUUCACAGUACAGGCUUGGAGUUUCAGCAUCAGGUAGAAGACGCCAAGGAUUUAGAUCAGUUGAUAAAGAUUCAUUACAGAUAUCUGUCUACAAUCCAUGAUCGCUGCCUAUUGAGAGAAAAGGUGAGCUUUGUGAAAGAAGCUAUAAUGAAAGUGUUAAAUUUAGUAUUGAUGUUUGCAGACCGGUGGCAAGCUGGUUUGGGGGCUUGGAAGAUGGAAUCCAUGGAGAAGAUGGAAUCUGAUUUUAAGAACUGUCACAUGUUUCUUGUAACUGUUCUCAACAAAGCUGUCUGUCGAGGCUCUUUUCCUCACUUGGAAUCUUUAGCUUUGUCACUGAUGGCUGGCAUGGAACAAAGUUAAUACCUGAACCCGUUGAAGUACUAAAGAACUGAAAGUAGCAUUUAAAUUGAAAAUCCCAUGUUAAAAACUGUAAGCAUUUUACACUCUGGUUUUUGGAAUGUGUAUAGCUUAAAUGAUGCUGAUGGUUUAGAGCUGUGUAAAAUAUUUUAGAAUGUAAAUAAUGUACAGGUAUUUAAGUGUAUUGGUUGUGGCAAUAUUUUUCUCUGUAUUUAUAUACUUCAACAUCAAAAAAAUGUACAGUGUAAAAUUCAUCCUGUGUAAACAAUCUUACUUGAAGAUGCAUAAAAUGUACUUCAUGCUGUAAAAAGGAUUUUUAAAAAAUUAUGAAUAAUUGCUGAUUUACUUUUUUCAUUAAUUUUGCAUCUGUAAAUAGGUCAUAGGGCACUGUGGAGUGGUGUGACUCAAUUCUUAGUAUUUAAAAGGUUGGUUGCAAUUAUUUUUUUGCCUUUUUUCCUUUGAAAAAAAAGGCUGAGGUAUUCAUCUAAUGGUUCUUAAGAACUCUUUGGGAACAGUUAUGACUUACAAUAAGCUGAUGAAAAAAAUACAGGAUCAACUUAUCCAAAUGGCUUAUUGUAGACCAUAAAAUACUGAUAUUGUUUUAUGUUAAAUGAUAAAAUGCUUACUAAUUUCAGUGAUAACUCUUGUCCGUUCAAGAAGGAUCAAGAACACAGUGUGUAAUAUAUUAAUUUUAACUGUUGGAUUGUUGAUGUUACAGAGGUGGUCAGAUAUGACUUGCCCAUUCUUCUAAGCCUUUUGCAAACAAACCUUACAUCUAAUAGGUAAUCUCUUAUUACAACCUAGUGCCAUAUACAGGAGGAUACAUUUGUAGAGAAGUAAACGUGGAAUGUGUUCUGCACAAGAUGACUUGCCCUGUCUUCUCCCUGUGGAAGCUGCUCUGUAAUUCUGGUAUUGGUACCCCACCAUUUAAAAAGAGAAAAUCAAUCAUAGCCAUUUUCCUCUUUAUUUAUUUGAAUAAAUAAAAUAAUUAAUAUUUGGAAUUU